UAUAUGGGUACCUGAGGAAGGUAAACUGUCUUAAUUUGGAUGCCACACUGCCCCUGUGUCCCUGGGUUCUUACCGACCACAGGCUCAAGGCCCAAUGAGGCGGAUAUGGCCACGUAAGCCAUGCGCUGCUAUAAGCCGCCAACUUGACCUUUACUGCUUACAUCACCACCCUAUCACCAAGUGCCACCAAUACCAGCCUGUCAUCACCAUUACAACAUCAUCAUUAGUUCAUCACCCCUACAUCUCCAUGCACCUCCAGCAUCCUGUCAUCACAACCACUACCUCGUCACAAGGCCAACACCAGGCCAGCAGCACUCACGCCGCGGCACAGGAAGCCAUUAGUUGUCAGUCAUCGCUUCAUCUGCAGCACGUCGAGGACGAUUUACUGUGACGGGGUGUUGUUGCCGGGAUGGUGAGGGGAGAGGCGGGGCCGCGGUGACUGAUGGUGCUGGAGGAGACUGUAGUGUCGCCAGUCUGCCCAGUCGGUCGUUGAAUCACACCGUAAGCUGACGCUUCACGCUGGGCAGCGGUGGUUGUGUGUGCGCGUGUGUCCACGGGUGUGCAUGUCUGUGUGUGUGCGUGUGCGUGUGUGUUUAUGUGUGUGUCCGUGCGUGCCAGUGCCACCGUGCAGCCCAGGGUCUUCCGCGACACUCCUCAUGAUAAGCAACUGCGGUGUGUCUUGUGCCCAUUAAUUAAAUCGUUGUGUCUCGUGGUUCUGUGUGACGGACUCAGUGGCCCCGGAACCCCCUGGCGGUGCCUGAGGGUUGGUGGGGCGGCACGUGGCCGCGAUGGCAAUACUGAGGUGGCGCGGAACACGCAUCCACCUGCUGGCGGUGGGGUUCACGUUAGCGGCCCUGCUGGUGUUCGGGUGGCGAUGGGGACUACUGGGGGCGCUACCCCAGCCCCGUACCAGGGUGCCAGCCAUGGUGGGGGCCGCGGGCAGCCCCCAAGCCCCGUGGGUGUCACACAGCUUGGCGCCACGGCAAACACAUCAGGAGGAGGCGGUGCUGCAUGGUGAGGUUGAAGAGGCGCUACCCGGUGAGCGGUUCUGGCACCUGGACCUUAAGGGCGGCGCGCCGCGCGUGGGCGUACUGGAGAGGCUGAUGGGCAUGGCGGCGAGGGCAGGGGCCACGGGCGUGCUGGUGGAGUGGGAGGACGCCUUUCCCUAUACAGGCCACCUCGCCAACCUGUCCUCCCGCGCCGCCUACACGCCGGCGGAGGUGCGGCGCAUUGCGGCGGCAGCGCACGAUGCGGGGCUGAAAAUGGUACCGUUGAUGCAGAGCCUCGGCCACCUGGAGUACGCGCUGAAGCAGCCGCAGUGGGCGGCGCUGCGGGAGGCGGGCAGCGUGGCUGAGGCGUGCCCGUCACUGCCCGCUGCGGCGCGCCUCGUCACGGACGCCCUCGACCAGCUAUUGACUGCCAUACCCGCGCCCCUCGUGCACAUCGGCGCCGACGAGGUGUUCACGCUAGGUCACUGUGCGCGCUGUCGCGCCCGCCGCAUCACUCCACUCAACCUGUACCUGCACCACGUCCUGACUAUCGCCAGGCACGUCAAGAGCCGUUGGGGAGCGCGCGUCCUAGUGUGGGACGACAUGGUGCGUCGCGCUCCGCUGCAGGCGCUGCGCUCCCUGGCGGAGGUGGCCGAGCCCGUGGUGUGGGCGUACGGCCCUGACGUAGACCGGCUGGUGCCUCCCCAUGUGCUGCGGACGUACGCCGCCGUGUUCCCCCGCGUAUGGCUGGCGCCGGCCUUCAAAGGCGCAUCGGGGCCGCGUGCCUUCAUGCCCGACGCGGCGCGGCACGCCGCUAACACGCUGGCAUGGAUGACGACGGGUCGUCGCGUCCAGCGGCAGGCUGGCCUGGGCGUGGGGGGCCUGGUCAUCACGGGCUGGUCGCGCUAUGAUCACUUCGCGGUGCUGUGCGAGCUGCUGCCACCUGCCACGCCGUCGCUGGUGCUCACGCUGCUCACCGCCGCCCACGGCAGCCUGACGCCAGCCGCGCUACGUGACGCCCACGCGCUGCUGGAGUGCCCACCGCACGUAACCCUGGAACCGGCGGUAGAUCCCCACCUGUGGGCGGCGCGGGACUGUGCCUUUACCGGCGCCAAUGCCGCCGCGAUGCUGCACAGGUACGCGCGGCUGCGGGAGGAGGUGGAGGCGGUGAGGCACGAGUCGCAGGAGCACGGCGGCUGGCUUACGGCCUACAACCGGCGCCACAACUUUUCCUCGCCCGCCAGAGUGCGCCAGGCCACGGCCAGCCUCGGUUCCCUCAGCGCCAGCCUCCGCGGCCUGUACAAAGAGGCCCGAGCGGUCCUGCGGCAGUACCACGACCACCACACCACCGCGGAGUGGCUGGAGCAACACCUCGACCCCCUCAACACCACCCUCACCACGCUCAACGCCGCUGCCGCCACCCUCACCGCCAUCAAUACCUGGCCACGACGACCACUAGACUACCACCAACACCAACACGACGACUACAACGACUACACCAACGACGACGCCACGAUUGCCACCCACUAGCAAGCACACUCACCACCAUCACCCACCACCUGGCCACAACGAUCACCACGACUCAUCACCACCGAAGGAAGGGAACCAACAGUAUUAAAAUGACAAUAAACAGUCUACAGUGACAAACAGCAGUAUUAAAGUCACACAGCACAGUAGUGAUAACCAACAGUAUUACCCAUCACAGUGCACGGCAGAACAGUAUUGCCGUCACAGUGACAACCAAUGGUGUUUUCAUUACAGCGCGCGUUAAAUUGGAACACCAAGCAUUCAAGGUCACAGAGCACAGUAUUGACAACUAGCAAUAUUAUUAUAGUGAUGUGUACAAUGUUGCUCCUUGAGACCUUCCCACGGACCCAUACACACCAAAAUAUGUAUUUUUCUUAAAGUAACGUGUUGUAAUAAAUUAUUGUAUAUAUUUUAAGUGUAUGU